UGUCUACUUAAGUAAAGCAUGUCGGAUGUGCAGUGUUGAAACAAAUUGAACAACUUGGACCAGAACUUUAUGAAGUUCUUUAAAUGGAAUCGUGUGACUGUUUUUGAAAAUGUAAGGUUUUAUGAGUGCUAAUUUGCUUCCAAGAUGUCAAUUGUGAUACCUAAAAGUGCCCAAAGAUGGCCAGUGGAGCCGGAACAAAAAGGAGACGGUAAGAAAGCUGGUGAGAAGAAAGCUGUCAAGCAGAGUAAAGCCUACAACUCCGCCAAGACGUUGAACGACCGAGAGCAAAGGAGACUGACAGUAACUCUAGACGUCUACAAAAAAAAUCUCCGAUCGACUACCCAUUUCAUCAAUCUUGAACAGAAACAGCUAAGGCGAGAGUUGCAGAUGAUCAAUCCAGACAUACAGGCCGAUCCAGCCAAAGGGUUCUUCUGCCCGAAAGGGGUGACUCACGAACAAGCCGAGAAAUUGAAGGAUAGUCGACGGGCGAGUAUGCCGGUCGCGACAAGGAGCAUCUCGCUAGCGGAGUUUGACGAGAUGCGCCAGAAAAGGAGCAUGAAAUCCCGGGAGGCGUUUGAAAGCUCGAGCAAGAUACCGGGGUUGGACGGGGACGAACCAUCAACGGAGGAUGAUCUUGUGAACCGGGCGAGGAGGAGGGGCCGGAGGGGGGCGCUGCAGAUACCGGACAAACCCACGGCUUUCAAGUCCAUGGCAAGGGUGAAUGUGAGCCAAUCUGGGGGAAAUACCGAGGCCUCGACGAGACAAGCUGCGUCAUCGAUGAGAAAAUUGAACAAACACUGACCAUAAUACAUGCAGGGGAAAUCUGUCCCAUAAUGCGAAAUUAAUAUAGGCUGGGGGGGGG